CACAUCGGACAGCAUCCAGGCCCCACCGUCCAGUGGGACGCGAGAAAACCAUCACCCGGAUCCCUGCCCCCCUCCUCACCCUCUCCACUUCCGUUUUCCCGAUCCUUGCGUCGCGGCUCCGAUCCACCGCAGCACCGCACCGCCGCGAGCACGUCGGGUGCCGGUGCGGCAGGCGAGAUCCGAGGACACCCCCUCCCCCGCGUCCCCCCCGAAUGGCCGCCGCCGGCCGCAGAUAGAGAGAGGCGCAGGCGGCGCGUGCAAGAUCCAGAUCCGGUGGGCGGGCGUGGACGAGAUCGCCCCCACCGCGAUGGCGGGCGCGGUGUCCGCGCUCUUCCUGCUGGACAUCAAGGGCCGCGUCCUCGUCUGGCGCGACUACCGCGGCGACGUCUCCGCGCUCCAGGCCGAGCGCUUCUUCACCAAGCUCCUCGACAAGGAGGGCGACGCGGAAGUGCACUCGCCGGUGGUCUACGACGACGGCCGGCGUCACGUACAUGUUCAUCCAGCACAAACAACGUCUUCCUCCUCACCGCAGCCCGCCAGAAUUGCAAACGCGGCCAGCAUUCUCCUCUUCCUUCACCGCGUCGUGGAUGUGUUCAAGCACUACUUCGAGGAGUUGGAGGAGAGUCGCUCAGAGAUAACUUUGUCGUUGUGGUACGGCAAAUGCUCAAGCACUACUUCUGCAGACAGUUCUGUUAUAGUACUUUACAAACCACCACACUUCGUUUCUGCAGGUCUUCUGGAUGUGGUGGAGAGUGUUAACAUUCUAGUUAACAGCAAUGGGCAGAUUGUGAGAUCAGAUGUCGUUGGGGCACUGAAGAUGAGAACAUAUUUGAGAUUUUACGCUGGAUAG